AUGCCGGGAUCCACUCACCAACCGGCGUCCCUCUGGGCUCAUCAAGCCGGACUUAGUUCUUCACACGCCACCUCACCCAUCGCCUCUCAUCUGCUUGUUGCUUGCGGAACACAGCAUCUGGCCGUCCGGCUCGUCGACCUGCGUUCUUCGGCUGCCGUCCAGUCUCUUGUCUCUCCCGGCCAGAUAGGUGGCUCUGCUGGUGCCAACCUGGCUGUGGCCUGGUCACCUGUUCAUGACCAUAUUUUGGCCAGCGAAUCAGCCGAUGGUGCCGUGUCUCUGGGAUAUCUGUGCAUCCGUGCCUCAGCAAAGGCGCACAACGGGCCAGUGAACGGUUUGACCUGGACAGAUGACGGUGCGUACAUUGUGUCUGCAGGUCACGACCGCCAAAUUCGUGUUUGGGAUGCCGCUGCAGGGGCGAACACUGUGGCGAGUUUUGGCCCAACCAUCCGAAAUGAUUACAAUGGACGCUUGACAAUGUUUGUCUCGCCUAUAGGACUUACUCCACAAAAGAAGGACUUAUUGUUCUAUCCGAAUGAGAACGAGAUUCUGGUUAUGGACCUACAUGAGGGCACCAUUAUCAUCAGGCUACGCGGCAUGGCUAUCCGUGCACAGAGGGGAGAACGAACGAUCAGAAAUUUUCUCUCCAGCAAGACCCUUGACGAGGUAGAUGAAAGCACCAGCAUCGAAGAGGCCAACCGAGCUCGAGCGAAGAAGCGCAAAGUGCUGGAUGACGCCUUCCGAAGCUUGAUGGGUAGGCAGAUCACGUUGUCCUGA